GACGGUUUUCGGCUCCCGGCGGCCACCGUCGGGAGGGCUCGGCUGCGGGAGGCGUCCGGGCUCGGGUCGGCGGCGCGGUGCGGCGGGCCAGCCAGCGAGCCGAGCCUAGAAAAUGAAGCUAAAGGAAAUUGAGCGAACAGCUGUCCAGGCAUGGAGUCCAGCAAACAACCACCCCAUUUACCUAGCAACAGGAACAUCUGCCCAGCAACUGGAUGCAUCCUUCAGUACAAAUGCCACGUUGGAAAUAUUUGAGAUUGACUUCAGGGAUCCCUCCCUGGACAUGAAGCAGAAAGGAACACUUCCUGCCUCAAACAGGUUUCAUAAGCUGAUCUGGGGUAACUUUGGAAAUGGGUCUGCGGAGUCCUCCGGAGUGAUCAUUGGUGGAGGGGAUAAUGGCGUACUGACCAUGUACAGCGUGCACCGCAUCUUGGCUUCAAAGAGCGAGCCUGUAAUUGGGCAGACAGAGAAGCAUUCGGGUCCUGUUCGAGCUCUUGACUUCAACCCUUUCCAGAGUAACCUCUUGGCUUCUGGAGCCAAUGAUUCUGAAAUUUUCAUCUGGGACUUGAAUAACUUCAGCGUGCCUAUGACUCCAGGGGCUAAAUCACAGCCUCAUGAAGACAUCAGUGUGGUGUCCUGGAAUCGGCAGGUGCAGCAUAUCCUGUCCUCCGCUCACCCCAGCGGCAAGGCUGUGGUUUGGGACCUCAGGAAGAAUGAGCCUAUCAUCAAAGUCAGCGACCACAGCAACAGAAUGCAUUGCUCAGGAAUGGCCUGGCAUCCAGAAGUUGCAACCCAGCUAGUCCUUUCCUCUGAGGAUGACCGCUUGCCAGUGAUCCAAAUAUGGGACUUACGUUUUGCUACCUCUCCUUUGAGCCAGCUGGAAGGGCACACGAGGGGAGUUCUCUCUGUCUCUUGGUGCCAGGCUGACCCUGAACUGCUAUUGAGUAGCGCCAAAGACAACCGGAUCUUGUGCUGGAACCCAAGUAUGGGGGAGGUGGUUUAUGAGUUGCCCAUUCGGAGUCAGUGGUGCUUUGAUGUCCAGUGGUGUCCUAGGAAUCCUUCAGUCUUCUCUGCUGCCACUUUUGAUGGGUGGAUCAAUGUUUAUUCUGUCAUGGGCGGGAACUUAGAAGCUCAGCGGAAGACACAGGCUGACAAGAUUUCUUCCUCCUUCAACAACCUGGAUCCUUUUGGCACAGGACAGAUCCUUCCUCCUCUGCAGGUGCCAGAGCAAGUAGCUCAGACCACCUUGAUUCCACCAUUAAAAAAGCCACCCAAGUGGAUUCGCAGACCCGUGGGGGUUUCAUUUGCAUUUGGAGGAAAACUGAUUACCUUUGGCCUGACCAAAGCCCCUGGACAGCAAAUGCAGCAGACUUACCCACACCAGGUAUUCAUCAGUCAAGUCACUACUGAAACUGAAUUCCUGCUCCGAUCCAGAGAACUGCAGAUGGCCUUGCAGUCGGGGAACCUCCUUGAUUACUGCCAGGGCAAGAUCCAGACUGCCAAGUUGCCAUUUGAUGAGAACCUUUGGAACUUCUUGAAGGUGAAUCUGGAGCAGGAGUCCAGGACCAAACUCCUCAAACUGCUGGGCUACAGUAAAGAGGAUCUGCAAAAAAAGAUCACCUCGUGUUUGAGUAAUGGGAUCCCAGAUAAACAGCCGCUUCCGAAGGCAGAUGAGACAAACGCUGCACAGCCAGAUCAGCUUUUAAUAAAUUCCAGUGAUGAUGUAGCUGCUGUUUCCUCCUCUUCAGCGUUUUUUGACAACCUCAUCCCACAGAAUAUGAGCACAUUGGAGAUACCUGUCACUGAAGAUACGGACGGACUCAUCAGCCAAGCCCUUUUGUUGGGGAACUUUGAGGGGGCAGUGGAGCUGUGCAUGCGAGCAGAGCGCUUUGCUGAUGCCAUCAUCUUAGCUAUAGCUGGUGGGGAGAGCCUCCUAAAAGAGACCCAGAAGCACUACUUUGCCAAGCGGAAGACGAAACUCUCCAUGCUGCUGUCCUCCAUUGUGCAGCAGAACUGGCAAGAUAUUGUUUGCACAUGUGAUCUACAGAGCUGGAAGGAGGCGCUGGCCAUCUUGUUAACAUACGCAAAGCAUGAAGACUAUACCCAGCUCUGUGAUAUGCUGGGUGCCCGCCUAGAGUCGGAGGGAGAUGCAUCCCUGUCUAAUGAUGCCUGCCUCUGCUAUAUCUCAUCAGGCAAUGUGGAGAGGUUGGUGGAAUGCUGGGUAAAAAACCACGAGACUUCGUCACCCCUUGCCCUGCAGGAUCUUGUAGAGAAGGUGAUGGUGCUGAGCAAGUCCAUUGAGAUGCUCCGAGGCACAGCAGGACCAGCGCCAGGCCCUGUCUUAGCAGAACGAAUCACCCAAUAUGCCAGUCUCCUGGCGUCGCAAGGGUGCUUGUCAGCUGCCAUGAAUUACCUCCCCAGCAGCUCUAAAGAGCUCCUGAUUGAACAGCUCCGAGACCGGCUCUUCCAUGCGCAAGGAGAGAAUGUGGGUGAUCAGCAGCCACCCCCUUUCCCCUACACUCGUGUCAGUGUAGGUGCCAUUAAACACACAUCUCCAGCAGCCAAGGGUGGUUCCACCCCUGAAAGUGCAGCCCACAAAACAGGUCCCAGACAUCCAGAGAAGCCCAACUAUCAGUCAUCAUUUGCCUCUUCAGCACCUUCUCAACCUUCAGUGCCUUCCCUCUUCACACCUCAGCCAGCGAUGUCUGUGGCACCUCCUCAUGUUGCCUCUCCCCAGGCCAGCACAGGCCCACAAACAAGUGUCUAUUCCAGAGGGCCCCCGUACCCACAGCACAACUUGGGCUUGGUUCCAGCAACCAUUUCAGGGCCAGCUGUGUCACAGCCUCAGCCCUUCGGACCAGCGGGAGUCAGACCUGUUGGUCCUGCUCCCUUCCCCAGCCAGCCUUCUCUGCCAGGACAGUCCAUGCCCAUGACACCUCCCAGUGUUCCACCACCCGGACCUGCCCUCUUCCCUCCAGCCUCAGUCCCAUCAUCUCAGCUUCCUGCAGCUUGUCCUCUCCCUCUUGCGAGUCAGUCUCCUCUAGGUUUCUCUUCAGCACCUUUCAACUGCCCCAUGAACAUGGGUUACCCUCAGGGAGGUCCUGGAGCUCCAUCUGCUAAGCCCCUGCCAGCAGCCAGCAUUCCUCCUCCUCCCACAGGUUUCUUCCCUUGGCUAGAUCCCCACGUGGAUCAUGCAGGUAGUACCCAGAGAAGCCUCCAGACCUGUCGGGGAGGCAAUGUUGCUACUUCCAGUGAAAUGUGGGCUCAGGAACCUUGGACUGAUCCCUCUGCUGUAAGAGGAGGCCUUCAAAAGAAAAAGUUGUCGGAGAAAUUUACUCCUCCAGCCCCCAUCACAGCUCCAGUAAUGAGUCUGCCCGCUGAGCCCCAAGGGAUCCAUCCUCAGCUGUCCAGAUUGCAGGAAUCUGGCCAGUCACCCCCAGGAGCACCCAAGGAAGGCAGCCUGCAGUAUCACCAGUUACCCGUGGAGAGGGUUGAGAGGAAGGAGGUGCCCCCUGAGCACCAGGCUCUAAAGACCACAUUCGAAGGGUUGGUGCAACGCUGCUCUGCUGUCGCCACUGAUCCAAAAACCCGAAGGAAGCUGGAGGAUGCAUUGCAGCGGCUUGAGUGUUUGUAUGAGAAGCUCCGCGAGCAGGCGCUCUCUCCAACCAUCCUCAUGGGUCUCCAUGAAAUUGCCCGCUGCAUUGAGGCUAAGAACUACCAACAGGGUCUCCUGGUUCACACCCAAGUGGUGAGCAGCAGCAGCUUCAGUGAGGUGUCUGGUUUCAUGCCCAUCCUGAAAGUCCUCAUGACCAUUGCUGGCAAGCUGAACGUGUAACGCGUGGAGCAGCUGGAACAGUGCACACUGAGAGCUGGUGGACUCCCUCACCUUUGAUGUGCUGCAGGUUAUGGAUGCUCCUUCAGACUCUGGAGAAAUAAGUCUCUGCCAGUGCCUGGCACUGUGCUGGGCCAGCACGCCUGGCCCUAUCCACUCUCCAGACAGCCCACUGGUGCCUGGGACUCCUGGAGACUCUUCUUUCUCUCUCUUCUUUCUUACUAGUCUGAUGCCACUUCCUAGCCCAGGGAUCUCAAUUUCAGGCUGUCCAGGUUGCACUGAGAUCCCUCCUCUUCCCUGUAUCCCCUGGCACAAAGGGGAAACUCCUUCCCUCCCAGGCUGAUGUUGCUAUUUUUUUUUUUAAUUAUUAUUUUUAGGAGACAAACAGGCUGGCACCUGCCACCAGACAGAAAAGCCUCAGGCUCUGUUCCCUGCUGCAGUGUCAACUGCCUGUGUGAUAGCUGGGCUUCUUGGGGACCUAAGCUGGGGUGUCCCUGCUCUGUUGGGCUGCAGUGAGGAUCUCUCCUCUGGUUUCUUCUUUGUCUUCAUUCUCAUCCUUGACUCACCCUCUCACCCCUCUGCACCCUAUGCCACAACUAGGGGUAACUACCAGCCUGCUCCAGGCUAGCUUUGGUUCUCUCUCUUCUUCAUCCAGCCCUCUCUUUUCAUAUUCAAGUCUCCUGUUUACCCUCUGUCCCCUCUCCUUUAUAAUUUUUUCCCCAUAAGAGGCAGGCUUGAGCCCUUUAUCUUUCAGGCCCAGGGCUGGUUGCCCCUUCCAACUCUUGGGACUCUCCCUUUCAGGAACACUAGCAGGUUGGACUGCUCUGUGCGCUCCUCCGCAGAGCCAGUUGCAUCUGGUUUUGGGCUAAAAGCUGCCCUCUCUAGCUCUUGGCCCUUUUCACUCCCUUUAUGUUAGCACAGUUGGCCUUUUGCCCGCUGGUGUUAUCUAAAGGCUUCCUACAUCAGGCUAUUCAGGCAGUCUGAGGGGCUUUAAGAGCAGCAGGAAUUGUUCAGGUCCCAUAAAGAAUCCCCUCAAGCUACUCUGACCAGCCCAGACUUGAGCAGGGGGAGACAGCUCAUUGCUCCAAGUGUGGUGCGUUCAUUCUGCCUACAGUAACGGGUGCGUGCACAGGUGAUUCUCAAAGGCCCUUUGGCACUAUGGUGGUAGGAAUAUGCUGCAGGAGGUGAUGCUGACAAGUCACGAGGACAUGGCUGUGCUGAGGCUUCUCAUUGUUGUGGCAUUUCCUCUGGGGUAAAGUAGAUGAACGAAGCAUGUCUGUCUUGGGAGGAAGUCUGAGAAGGCAGAUGGGAUUUUACAGCACAUCUGUGUGUGUGUUUCUCUCCCUCUCUUCCUCCAUCCUUCCUCUCUCUCACCCUCUUUCAUGCUAAUCAGGCAGUGCAAUCAUUGGGCCCUAGCUGGGAGCAAGGCUUCUUCCCAACAUUCGGCUGUGGCCAGCCCCUGCUUCCUCUGCUUGCUGCGUGAGUGAUAAUGCCGCUGUGGGCCUGUGGUUCAGCGACUUAGAUGAAUCAGCCUGCCCUACCGUGAGACUUGGGAGGGAGGAGAAUCAGAGAAGGGAGGGAGAGGACACGUCUCAUUCUCUCCUUUCCAGGUCAAAGUGCCUCCUUGUUGCUGCUGUGUUGUUUCUAUUGCUGCGGUUUGAUGCACUGAGAGAUUACAGAACAGUGAAAUAAAAGCUGUGUUUUGUGAU